AUGCUCCGAAUAAGAUACCCGUUUGCUGGAGCGUUUGCUGGCAUCUUCCUACUAUCCGCCUACGUAGGCCUUCUACCUCAUAGCAACACCCCGAAAGAAGGAGAAGCUCCGGCCCCAUCACCCUUGCAAAUCAACGAUAAGGUGCUACACCUAAUAACGUUUUUCCUCCUCUCUCUCGCAUUUUACUGGAUCAUAGACACUACCCGCCGAAGAACGCUACAUUUGACACUUAUCGUCUGCACGCUGGUACUCGGAAUAGGUUCCGAGAUAGUGCAAUCCCUCGUGCCUAAUGGUCGUUCCUUCGAUCCCUUUGAUAUCCUGGCGAAUGUUGUCGGGAGUCUUGGUGCCAUAGGGCUAUGUACCUGGUACCACAAGAGGAUGCUUGAACGGAGGAGAAAGGCACGAUUUGGUGGACUGGUGGGGAACACAGAGGAGGAUGUCGAACUUGGCUUAGCCAAUGGCACUUCGGAGCAAGAAACGGGCGUUACGAACGCCCAGUCUCUCGAAGAGGAAGUUGAUAACUGGGAUGAGAAUGCGGAAGAUAACUGGGAUGCUGCAGAUGACGUUGAAGAUUCUGGAGUCGUUGCUGCGUCUGGUGAUGAUUCCACUGGGGAUCUCGGUGGGAAAACCUCGACUAACGGGGCGGGAAAGCCGGCAGAGAGUGAUCACAAGAAUUGA